AUGUUAUCGGGUCAUCUUCUUUUUCAGAGGCUAAGGCGAGCAAAGCUGUGUCAUCAUUGGUUAUCCCUGCAGGAAGCAGUGCCUACUUCGUGCGCAGGAGUGCAAGCUGUGCUAAUCCAUUCCGAAAGCCUGAAAUCAAAGCUCCUGCUAGUCAGCCGUGCUCAGCUCCAAGUCCUGUGGAACAACCAGCACCCGAUUCGACUACCAAAGAGGAUGAUAGUGAGUGUACUGCAUUGA